UAUUAGAAGAAGAAACCGUCUGCAAACCCGCCAUGUGAAUUAAGGAGUUGUUUAGCUUCCUAAUAAAUUAAUUACAGAACUUUUGACAGCUAUUAGAGAUUAUUAUUAAAAACAUUUAUUUAAACUCAUCUGAAAUUAGAUGCGUAUUUCUACUUGCUUUGUUGUUAAGUCAGACGCCGAGCCGAAGCUAAAAUGUUAAGCUAACGCCAGUUGGUCCGGGGUUUUGGUGAAAAAGGAGUCAGAAAAUGGAGGAAAUGGUGGUGGAAUUAAACUCUGGGGAACCGUCUGCGCCCGGAUCAGACCAGGGGGUCGCCAAAGCCUGGGAAUCGGUCACUGCAGCUUUGGUUUCUCCAGGCAGCUCUCUGUCAGAGCAGGACCGUCUGAACCUGGCGCUGCUCUGCUCUCAUGGUUUGGGUCGGCUGCUGGGCGUCUGGCUGCUGGAGUCCCUGCAGGUGCGCCUGUCGUCCUCGGUGGUUCCGGAGUUCUGGUCCGGACUGGAGCAGCCGCAGGACCAACUGGAGGAACGGGACCGGGCCGGAGUUCUUCUCUCCGCUUUCCAGACGUUGCUGGACCGGCUGGAUCCGUUCCUGAGUGGGUUGGAGCAGCUGGGGGCGUGGCAGGCUGAGGGCCGCUGCGGCCUGUCGGGGCCGGGCCCUGGGGCCCUCCAGGACCGGGCCUUCACCACCAUCCGGGCCUUGCUGCUCUUCUCGCCGCCCACCGUCCUGCAGCAGCGGGUGCUGGAGUUUUACAGCCGGACCUUCUCCGUCUACAUGAGCCGGGAGGGCGGGGAGGACGGCCCCGAGGUCCUCGAGGGUCCCGACGGGGGGGCGUGUCCGGGCUGCAGGGCCCCGGCGCUGCACUGCUGGUGCCCGGAGGCCCUGCAGCGGCUGCAGCAGCUCAGCCUCGCCCUGUCCCGGCUGCAGCUGCUGGAGUGGGUCAGCGCCGAGGCCGUCACCGCCAUCCUGCACCGCCUCAUCGAGCAGCGCAUGGAGCAGCACUGCCGCGGCGAGUACGAGCGCUCCUUCCUGCUGGACUUCCAGGAGUGGUUGGAGCUGGUUCUGGGUUGGCUGGGGAAGGUGUUCGCCACAGAGGGGGGCGGAGCUGCGCCGGUCCCCAUGGAUCCCAGCGUUCCCAGUACUCCCAGCGCCUGCGGCAGCCCGGUUCUGAAGCAGUGGCGGUGCCACAUGCACCAGUUCUUCUGCAGGAUCUACGUCAACAUGAGGAUCGAGGAACUGUUCAGCAUCAUCAGAGAUUUCCCAGAAUCCAAACCUGCCAUUGAGGAUCUGAAGUUUUGUCUGGAGCGAACCAACCAGCGCCAGCAGCUCCUCACUUCGCUCAAAUCGGCCUUCGAGAGCCGUCUGCUGCACCCAGGUGUUCACACGUCCGACAUCCUCACCGUUUACAUCUCGGCCAUCAAAGCUCUGCGGGAACUGGACCCGUCCAUGGUGAUCCUGCAGGUGGCGUGCCAGCCCAUCCGGAAGUACCUGCGAACUCGGGAGGACACGGUGCGGCAGAUCGUCGCCGGGUUGACGGGCGACGCCGAGGCCUGCUCCGACCUGGCCUCCGAGCUCUCCAGAGGUGACCCCGUGACCCUGGAGAUGCAGGACAGCGACGACGAGGGCAACGACCCCGAGGACUGGGCUCCGGAUCCCACCGACGCCGUUCCCGAUAAACUGGGCUCCAAGCGGCGCUCGUCCGACAUCAUCAGCCUGCUGGUCAGCAUCUACGGCAGCAAGGAAAUCUUCAUCGACGAGUACAGAACCGUUCUGGCCGACCGACUGCUGCACCAGCUCAACUACAACACGGCCAGGGAGAUUCGUAACGUGGAGCUGCUGAAGCUGCGCUUCGGAGAGUCUCACAUGCACUACUGCGAAGUCAUGCUGAAGGACAUGGCCGACUCUCGCAGGAUCAACAGCCACAUCCGCGAGGAAGAGUCGAAGCUGAGCGAGGAAGAGCAGCCGCCGCUGGCGCUGUCCGCCAUCGUCCUGUCGUCGGAGUUCUGGCCCACGCUGAAGGAGGAGAAGCUGGAGCUGCCGGCCGCCGUGUGCCACGCCAUGGAGGCGUACACACGGCGCUAUGAGAAGCUCAAGGCCAUGCGGACGCUGAGCUGGAAGCCUCACCUGGGCUCCGUCACUCUGGACCUGGAGCUGGAGGACCGGACCCUCACCAACCUCACCGUGUCGCCCUUCCACGCCGCCAUCAUCCUGCACUUCCAGGAGAAAAGCUCGUGGACCCUGGAGGAGCUGAGCGUGAAGCUGGGGGCCCCCAAGGAGCUGCUGCACAGGAAGCUGGCGCUGUGGCAGCAGCAGGGCGUCCUGCGGGAGGAGGCGGCCGGCCGCUACGUCGUCAUGGAGACGGGCGCCACACGCGACAGGCUGGACCGCGGCGUGAUGCUGAUCGACAGCGACGAGGAGCGCGACUCCAACACCACCACCCAGUCUGAGCAGAGGGAGGAGAAGCUGCAGCUGUUCUGGGCCUACAUCCAGGCCAUGCUCACCAACCUGGACAGCAUGACGCUGGAGCGCAUCCACACCAUGCUGCGCAUGUUCGUCGCCACGGGACCCGUUGUCACGGAGAUGGACGUCAAUGAGCUGGAGGCCUUUCUGCAGAGGAAAGUCAGGGAGCAUCAGCUGAUCGUUUCCACUGGCAUCUACAGACUGCCCAAGACCAGCUGAGGAGGACGGGGCGUUCAGGGGAAACGGGAACGUACAGGACUGAGGAGGAUGGGGCGUUCAGGGGAAACGGGAACGUACAGGACUGAGGAGGAUGGGGCGUUCAGGGGAAACGGGAAUGUACAGGACUAAGGAGGAUGGGGCGUUCAGGAGAAACGGGAACGUACAGGACUGAGGAGGAUGGGGCGUUCAAGGGAAACGGGAACGUACAGGACUGAGGAGGAUGGGGCGUUCAAGGGAAACGGGAACGUACAGGACUGAGGAGGGUGGGGCGUUCAGGGGAAACGGGAACGUACAGGACUGAAGAAAAACACCUGCCUCCUGACUGCUACAGAUAAAAACCACUGAAUGAAGUUUUCAGCGUUUUGCUUCAGGAAAUUAAAAUGUUUAAGAUGUC